GCUUAUCCUUUAUACACAAAUUUUUGUUAUUAAAACAUAAAAAUCUUAUAACAAUUAAACAACAGUCACAUAAACAGACUUUAGCAAUACAUUGCAAAUAUUAACCAAAAGAAGGAACUGUUAUAGUGGCAUGUAGAAACCAGUUUACGUAAACGGGUAUAUCACACUCGUUAUCAAAACAUUACAGGCUAGUUUGAAAAGGCACGUAGGAAGGAGGCAGUAAAAUUGUCAAUGAUAAAGAUGAGCAAGCCAUCCAGGCAAAGUACAGCAUCAACAUUACAGUUUUUGCCAGAUGACUUUAACAUCAACAAUAACAACAACUAUAAGAAACGGAGCAGGUCUGAUGACGUAUCACUCUCCUACCGCUCUUCUUUAUACAGAUCAGAAGAAGUGAAUUCCAUCCAUGUUGGGACAUUGCUCGCGAAAAUGAGACAAUCAAAAUGGAGAAACACUUUGAUUUUGUUGUUUCUAUUUUUUGUUAGUGUGGUCGUUUUGACAGCCUUUGCAUAUUGGCAUGUUAAAGAAGAUUUGGAACGAACCAAAAAAGAUGUUUAUGCUUUGAAGGUUGUUUUAAUGAACAUAAAACAAAAGGCAUCAAAACACAACAAUAAUGUUCAAAAGUCAAACACAAGGAGCUUUAAAAGUUUACCAUCUACAAAGAAAAAUGUUAUAAUAUCGAAGGAACCAUUUGUUGCCAUUAAUAUGAUAGGAGCCAACGACCAGAAGCAAACCACAAUGAAAGGAAGUCCUAUUUAUUCUUGGGAAACAACGUUGCGCAUCGGUAACAUAUCCAGUUUUCACAACUCUUACAUCACCAUUCAAACUCCUGGGUAUUACUACGUGUAUGCGCAGAUGUUCUUCUCAGAAAACAAAAGUUUCAAAAAAGAUGUCUUGCACUUUUAUAUCCGGAAAAAUCGUCAAGCAAAACUAGCAGUUGUAUCUGUUCCACGUAAAUCAUGUGAGACCUUCUGUACCAGAUAUAUUUCAUGUGUUGUCAAAUUGUCUAAGGACGAUGACCUAUCAAUUACAUCUGCAGAUGAUGGCAUCAAUUUUAGCAUGUCUCGCAAUAAAGCUCAAUUUGGUGCGUAUCUAUUAAAAAAUGCAAAUUGACAUCAUUCGUUAAAGGAAUUUUAAUAUUUGAAAAUUACUGCACAGGAUAGAUGGGAUUGAUGUGGUGAUUGACAACUUAAUGGAGUACACCUGGUUGUAUUAACCAGUGAAUUUUAAGUUUCUGAGAUUUAAAGUUUAAAAGCAGAUUAAACCAAACUUGAUAAAUUAGAAUAAACCUUCCUGCAUACCAUUUUUUGAUCCAUUUGGAUGACACAAUUUACAAUGCAGCAUUUACUUAUCGGAAACAGAAAGAAGUUUUCAACACAAACUAAUACCGAUUGAUUCUUAAGCAAAAAUCACAAUUUAAAACUGAUGUAUCAUGAACAAGACACAUGUCAGAAAUAACCACCAUCACAGUUUCAAAUAAAAUUAAGAAUUUAACUGCAAAUUUUGCAAAUAUAUCAAUUUUUUAAUAAUUGAAAUACAGCAAAAUCGAAACGUAUUAGUUAUCACACGGUACAGAGUAUAAUAUGGCAUAUAUUUUUUUAAAUUUUGAUAUUUUUUCGUGUUAUAUUUAGCCAAUCACGUUGGAGAUAUACUUUCGUGCUCAUAACAAAAAAGUAAAUCAAAUUUGUGCAUCUUUAUUUGCACAAUUUUUAUAGGUUUGGUCUUACUAGCCUUAAACAAGAAAAGGAUAACAUUUUAAAUUUGUUACAGACUUUUGUAAUAUCAUCAAUAAUGCGAUAUAUGGUUUAUAUAUUUUCACAAUGUUUUAUAAAUUUUUUAAAUAUGUUUAUAUGUAUAUAUAUAUUUUAACUUGUAUGCAAAUUCUUUUUGCAUACAACAGCGACUAUGGAAGAUGCAAUUUUAUAUUGAUAAAAUAUAUUUGUAUCGUGUUUUUUAUUAAAUAUGACAAAAUAUUAAAAAUAAAAUUUGCAAUAUUUUUAAAUGUUUUGUAAAUUUGCAUGUAGAUAUUUUUUAUAGCAUAAUUAUAUUUUUUAUAACCAAGAUAUACAAUUUUUGUACUUUUUUAACACAUGUGUAUAACGGAAAAACUAAAUCAACGAAGAUACUAAUUAGACGUCUGCGCGGAUGGGCAAGAAGAAACAUGGUAUGGAAUUGCAUUUCAAAACAAAACAGAACAGACACGCAGCUUGAAACUGCUGUAGGUAUAAGGACUUUUAAAUUGGUUUAAAUAAUCAAAAACUGUGGUAUUUAUCAAAGCUGUGAUCUCUAGACAAACUUAAUAAAGACAAAAAUUAAUCCCGGCUGUUAAUAAGCUUAAAUUGCAUCAGAGCUAAUGCAGGUAUUAAAUGCACUUAUUAAAACAUUACUUGUAUCGUAUACAGAGAAAACGUUAAGAACGUUCUGAAUGCGAAGUAGUUUAUAAUACACUGUUUUAUGUUAUUUUUAAACGGACAGCAAGAUUGUUUUAUAGGGAUAAAACUCUAGCUUAAGAAUUCGCAGUCUUUAAUUCCGCAAGAGGUCAUCGCGGAAUUAAAAACUGCGAAUUCAUGGGCGAAAAAAUCGUAAACAGCGGAAUUAAAGUUGCAAAUCAGAUACUGUGUUAAGAAAUUGCGGAAUUUAAUAUUGCGAAUUGAAGCAAUGAUCCAUGAAUUAUAUCACAAAAUCGGUAUAAUUUUUUUACAUUUCAGUCAUUAAGGGGUUUCCUCUGUAAACUUUCACUAAUAUACUAAAUAACGACAAAAAUAACUCGCUUUUUCUUGGAAAUAGACAAAAUUAGAUUGCGAAUUGCAUUGUUUUUCUUGGAAUUGUGAAAAUAAAAAGAUUGUGAAUUGCGUCUUUUUUCUAGGCAUUAAAAAAAAAGAUUGCGGAUUUAAAGACUGCGAGUUUAGGCAAAAUUCGCAAUCUUGAAAUCCGCAAUGUUUUCUUCCCCAAUAUUUUCCUGCGCAAUAAUUUCUUCCCCUAAGGUAGCUAGAACCUUAUCCAUUUCUAAUCACUGCGUUUAAUAUAUUUUUGUGUGUUUGCUUUUCUAGCUUUUGCUAUGUGUAGCUAUUGACGUUCAUUCCGUGCCUUACCAACCAUCUCUGUGUCUACAAUUUUUCCAUUGUUUCGUAUUUCUCGAGCGUCUGUGCCUAUCUUUUAUUUUGCCCUUUGAACUUUCCUUAAGUUUUCUUACUUGAAAUCUAAUUCUUUUACUUAACUUUUGUUUUAAAAACUUUAUAUGUAUAAAUACUUUUUAAUACUUUUUAUAUUAUAAGUUUAUGAAGAAGAACCAUUGUAAUUAUGGGAAUCGAAAAAAGUUAAAUAGAUAAAAUAUGCAGAGUUUUAUUAAUAGCUGGCAGAAAUA